AUGGCUGAUAAGCUAUCCGUGAAUGAUAGUGUAACUAAAGUUUAUCAAGCCGCUCGUGACGGUUCUUCUGAUCUGACUGAUCUUUUAAAGCGGCUCAAAACUAAACAAAGAAAAACCGCUUUGGAAACAAAAACUAAAGAUGGCAGCCAGAUUACCACUCCUCUUAUCAUCGCUGCUCGCAAUGGACACCUGAAUUCUGUGAAGAUUCUUCUAAGAUAUGGAGCAGACAUCGAGGCUCGAGGAUCAGUUAACAUAGAGGACCAAGUUAUAGAGGGUUCAACACCUUUGUGGGCCACUGCUGCUACUGGUCAUCUUGAUGUUGUAAAACUGUUAAUCGAACAAAAUGCAGAGGUGGAUGGAAGAACAUCGACGGGUUCGACUCCAUUGAGGGCUGCUGCCUUUGAAGGACACCCUGACAUUGUCAAAUGUUUGGUUGAGAGCGGGGCAGAUGUGAAUGCACGCAAAUAUGAUGACGAGUCCACUCUUUUAAUUGCGGCGUGUUAUCGUGACCACUUACGUGUUGCUACUUAUCUUAUUGACAAGGGCGCCAUUAUGGAUCUGCAAGACAAACAAGGCAAAACUGCACUUCACGAUGCUGUUCAAAGGGGUCACUUGGAGUUAGUCAGUCAACUUUUGGAUCUUGGAGCAUCACAACUGCCAAAUAAUCGAGGUUUAACACCUCUUCUUUAUGCCUGUGAUUUAUGUUCCAUUGAAAUAGUGGAGCAUAUCAUCAACAGACCGGAAUGUACAAAGGAACAGAGAAUUGAUGCUCUUGAACUUCUUGGUGCCACCAUUGCUAAUGAUAAAUCUCGUGAUAUUAAGAACGCUUUUAGUUACAUGAAACGUGGAAUGGAGAUGAGAUAUGAAGACCUGGCACAUCCAUUGCUUAAAAAGAAAAUGGAACCUGUGGAAGCUUAUCAAAAUAGGAAAGAGAGUCAAACUUUACAGGAACUUUCUCUGUUAGAAGGUGAUGAUCAUGCUAUCGGCAUGGAAGGACUUAUAAUCAGAGAGAGAAUCCUUGGGCCAGACAAUCCAGCAAAUCUGCACCCAAUCAGAUACCGGGGAGCUGUUUUAGCUGACUCUGAGGAGUACGAGCUUUGUAUUGGUUUGUGGCAACUGGCGUUGGAGAAGGCCAUGAACAGCGAUGUUGCAAUAACAGAAGAUCUUGAAAACUCUACAGCUUUAUUUGGAGUAAUGGUGCAAAAAGGUAAACUUUUAAGAUCAAAUUUCAUUGAAGACGCCUUUGAAAUACUGGUUGCGGGAAGUGAGAAACGUUCAGAAAAACAGAAGUCUGGAAAAUCGCAAGAGGUGCAUGAAAAUGAGGAGCAAGAAAAAACGCUUUACUAUGCUCUCUAUCUUUUGGUGAUAUACACCAAAGUUAAAGGUCAAAACGCCAACAUGAUUUACUUUCUUCAAAGAUUCCUGCUUUCAAACCCUCUAACGAAUGAUGGAAAUACUCUACUGCACUUAGUUGCGUGGCAUGACACACCAUUUUUUUCAUUUAAAGAAGAAACUAUGCGUAGUGUGUGCAAGCUUCCCUGUAUUGAGACCAUGAAGCUUAUUUUACAUGCAGGGUGUGAUGUAAAUGCCGUUAACACCGAGGGAAACACUCCUCUCCAUCUAGCUGUGAAGUUUAAGCCAGAGCCGGAGGAAGUCGAGAUUUUGAGAGAAAUGCUGCUGUUGUUGUUAGAUAUCGGUGCAGAUCCAAAGCUAGAAAACGAAAAUGGUCAAACACCACUGGACAGCUGUGAAUCUGACGAGGCUCGUAGGAUCCUGUCCGAGAAAGGAAGACUGAGUGCGAUGAACGUCGAAGUCGGAGAUGUAAGGAAGUUUUAAACGUUAACAUAUUAUAAUUCCAUGAAAUCAUUACAGUAAACUUUGUCACGAAAUGAGAGGGUGCUUACUUCCGUGCCCUAUGUUGUGUUUAUCAUAUUACGUCACGCUAAUGUAUGCCCUUCUCUAUCUGAACUCCUGGAACAGAUUUACAAAAUCGUCUCUUUUCGAAUGCAACAAUUCAUCGCAAUGCAGCUGUUUUAGCCAAAAUGAUGUUUGAAAGUGGCAUGUACAGGCGGCAGGCUCUCAGAGGAAGCUACGGUGUAAGCGGGCGCCAGUGUUAGUUACUGACUUAAGAACUGUUAUGAACCGUUCGAUUUUUGUUCGCAAAAACGAAAUAAAAGUAUCUCAGAUAGAAAGUUCGAAGCACAAAUUAAACCGAGAGGCGUCAGGGUAAUACUAUCAAUUGACGAUCUUUCGAUUGGAAGUAACUUGUAAAACAGUGAGAGCACUUCCACAUUUUUGUGCAUCUCUUUCGCCGUAUAUAAGGCCGUUUAGCGACUGCAUUUGGCCUCAGUCGAUAAUUUAUCAGCAUGUGUUCAAACGACUUGUUUCCUCGUCACACGACCUGCUAUAAUUGAAUUUCCACGCGAACGACUACUUAGGAAAAUAUACCAGCCCGGCAUACGGUCUAAAGCAGAUGGCAUUUUUCUGUCACAUGAAACUCACUCUCUAUCGUGUUUAGUGACGAGCACUUAUUAGGCCUUGAAAAGCUUGCAAGCCCAUCAGUCAAAGUAUUUAUAAAAAAUUAUAUUAAUUUAAACGCUGCCAUAGCCAGGUUAAAGGGAGGGGGAAAGGGCAUUUUACUACUUCCCUCUUCCCUUUUUUCCCUCGCCGUCUCCUCGCGAUUUUUUAACCCUAUUGUUUUUCACCAAAUAGACUGCCUGUUUACAGACUACAUACGUAGCGUUUUCGUUACGGAUCCAUGACAGAUCGUGGUUUUGAAUACAAGAAAGUCUAGAUAGUUUAGGGAUAAAGUCCAUUAAUCGUACUUAAUAGUUUUGGUGUCCUCUGAUUGGACAUGUCUUUUCCAUUUUCACAAAGGCUGGAAAAAUCGGAAGUGGAACUGGUAAGAGAAAAGGAGGAGGAGGAUUUGCUCCUGGAACAGGAAGAGACCUUAAAGAAAACACUCACAAGGAGACUGAAACAAAGGAGACUUCAGGUAAGAGAAUCUAACCAAUGGUCCAAUUUGUUGAGGCGAAAAAUUGUAUUUGGUCUGUUCUCCAUCUCACAAUUAGACGUAAUGUGCAUGAACAAAAAAAUUAAACAGAAAAACCAUCAAAAGAAAUGUAAUUUGUAUUUGUAAAUAAAAGAAAAAUAAGGCCAGCCAUGAGUGUCCGGCUCAGAGGACAACAAGAGAGGAGACUGAAUAACCUAAUAAAAUAAAUAUAUGGAGCCAAACAAAAUUAAACAUUCAAGCAGCACACCAUGUACAUUAUUAUCUUAAGAUCAGAUACCUUGGGACUAAAAUUUAAAUAAAUUACUUAUUUCAUUUAUUUCCAUUUAUCACUCUCUGAUAGCACCCUAUCUUCGAUACGGUCUAAUUGCAUGGCGUCAAACAAGCAAAUCACAACUAAACAAACUUCUAGUCCUUCAGAAACGCGCUCUUCGCUUUAUUCACUUUGCUAAACCGCGUGAUCAUGCCAUUCCUCUCUUUAUCAAUACAAAAAUAUUACCAAUUAACUUUCUCUAUUAUCAGCUACAAGGGGAAACAAUGUCUGACGUGAGAAACAACUUAAUACGUACAAACAUUCAGGAAUUGUUCCUUCCACUUUCUCGUAUACAUUCAUACGGCACUAUAUAGGUCGUCUACAUCUCCAAACUUUUAUAUCAAAAAAAUCGAAUCUUGAAGUCCAAAAAAACUGUUUCUCGAGAUUUGGUGUCAAAUUAUGCAAUGAGAUACCGACCAAGUUGCGCACACUUUCAAAACACAAAUUCAAAUUUAAUAUUCGUGCAUCUUUGCUUGAUAUACUGGAGACUGGCGAUACUUAUUAUGAAAUAGAUGAAAUUAUUCUUAAAAUGAAGAAUGCAGAACCAAUUUUUUGUAAUCCUGCCUAUAAAAACAGCGAGCUAAUGUUUUGUUUUCUUUCUUAGAGUUUUAAAUGCAUCUUUUUCAUAUGUUUUUUCUUCGUAAGAUUACAAUUUUUGCAAUUAGUUAACCGCUCCAUAUUUAUUUGAAAACUGAUGAAUCUCUCUUGCUUUCUACUUUUUUUUUUUACCUUAAUUUAAUUGCAGUUAUUUUCUUUUCGCAUCAUUCUUGGCCCGCCUAGACUAGCUACAGCUAUUUGCGGUGCCAGGACACUUGUAAAAAUAUUCUUUAGAAAAUUUAUUAUAAAGUCUUGAAGUCUUGAAGUCUAAAUUAAUUUAUAUUGAGAGGAAUCAUAUCAAACUCAAGAAUGAGGCAACUAUAGAAGAUUCAGUCUCUAAUUUUGAUCCUUUGUAGAUAUUACAUUAAGCGUGAGACUAAAGAAAAUUGUCUAUUUUUAGUGUGUGAGACAAAAAGCCGAAAAUAGCGUCCUUCUAUCUUUAUUUCUUUAAGGACAAUUGAGGGAGUUGAGACAGCAGUUGGAAAAUGUCCAAGAGCAACUAAGACAGAGAGACGGACAACUGAGCGAAGCGACACAACAGCUGACAAAUGUUCAAGGGCAACUACAGGAGAGAGAUGGAGAAUUGAGGCAGAUGACACAACAACUGACAAAUGUUCAAGGGCAACUACAGGAGAGAGAUGAAGAAUUGAGGCAGACGACACAACAACUGACAAAUGUUCAAGGGCAACUGGGAGAGUUGACGCAACAGUUGACAAAUGCUCAAAGACAGCUACAAGAAAAAGAUGAAGAAAUUACCACCAUGGAGGAACAACUGAGGGAAAAAGAACAAGAAGUGAAUGAACUGGAAAUAUCUCUUGAAACAGCUCAACAAGCGUUAAGUGAACGUCCACGCCAACAGUCACCUGAUUGGGUCAUUUCACGAGAUCAAAUUCAGCUGACAGAGAAAUGCAUUGGUAAAGGAGGCUGGGGAAGUGUUGUCGAAGGCAAGUAUUGUGGCUGCACUGUUGCCGUGAAACAGAUUUACGAGGUGCUUCUGAACCUUUCCUCUCAUAACAGAGAAAUGUUUGAGCGGGAAAUGAGCAUUGCUUCAAAAUGCCGCCAUCCUUGUUUGUUGCAAUUCAUUGGAGCAACAAACGAUGAAGGAAGUCCUUUGUUUGUGACAGAGCUCAUGGAAACGAGUUUGCGAAAAUUGCUGGAGCAGCGAUCUCUUUCUACAGCUGAAGUGGCAGUUAUUUCUCUGGAUGUGGCUCGCGCAUUGAAUUACCUGCACCAAAAGAAACCACGCCCCAUCAUCCACCGCGAUAUCAGCAGCGCCAAUGUGUUGCUAUGGCGACAAGCGGACCAAUGGCGAGGCAAAGUGUCGGAUUAUGGUGCUGCUAAUUUCAUGCAGCAUACCUUGUCAGUUUGUCCAGGUGCUGCAGUAUACAGUGCUCCUGAAGCACUUACUAAAAAACAGACUGUGAAGGUAUGUUGUCUGCUAAACUUAAUCUCCAAACAGAGAACCUGUUCACAGGCUAAUUUAGAAUAUUAAAUCCCUGUGAGAUACCGAAGGAGAAAGACCCAACGGCUAAAAAUAUGCAUUUUAUGGCUCUGAAAAAGUAGAGAAAACGUUCUGGUUUUGUGAUUUGGGGAUACCUUUUUUCUGUCAAAAAGUUAUGUAAAGGGUAAGGGGUUGGACCUAUGUGAGAUUAGCCCUUAAUACUCGACUGAUAUAUCGUCCUGAUGUAUUGUGUGAUAACUCAGUGACCUUAGGCCUUGAUCUUCUAAUCAUCUAGAAUCAUGAAAUAAUACAUCACUGAAUAUUGUACUUGGCCUGCACUCUUUGUUUUGGCUCCGAUAAUCACACUACCUCUGGGCGGAGUCGCCGGUACAAGACUUUGCUGAGUCCCCCCCCCACGAUACAUAAGCUGAUAAGUUGUCUAAAUGUUAUCUAAAUGUACAUAUAUUUUAAAUCGUUAUCGUAUGUUUUUCGUCCUCAGGUUGAUGUGUACAGUUUUGGUGUUCUCAUCUGCGAGAUUUGCAUCGGGAAACUACCAAAUCCUGACAGGCGUGCCGAGCAAGUCGCCAUGGUGAAAAACAAAGUGCUAAGAGCUCUCAUUCGUAGAUGUUUACAAGACAAUCCUCAAGACAGACCUAGUAUGGAAGACGUUAUUGGUGAACUAGAAAAACUAGUUUAAGAAGGGCUUGAUAGGAUCUGUUCUACAUUUUGUUCUAUUUUUAGUCAAAGGUUUUUAACAGUAAUACAGAGGGAGUGAACUUCUGAAGAGAGAGGAGGAUGCCCCCCCGCCAUCACAACUACCACACCCCAGUCAUGACACGAACGGGCGACAAGUAAAACGUGACUUGCGUGGGGAACAAGAACCGAGAUAUAUUCUGCGCUGUCAUUCUCACGCUAUACGUAGUAUAUUCGGUGAAACAAACUCCAUUUUAUCUUUUCCGUAAUUUUUUUUGUAGUAAAUUCAGUUUCUGGUAUAUAUGUCAUGGUUAAAUUUUUUCUUUGGCUUAAUUUUUAUUUUCCUUUGUUCUAAACUCAUUAUCAUACAUUACCAUGCCUAAAAAUUAAGGAAAAAUAAAAAUUAAACCAAGGAUAAAAUAACCACAACAUAUACGCUCCUGUUCUAUAAACGUGCUAGAAGACAGUGUGGUCAUAAAUGUGGUGAGCGCGUUAGACUCGCAAUCCGGAGGUCGCGUGUUUCAAUCUGCAUCCGGGGGUCCCGAGUCCCGCCAUAACCAUUAGAUGGAUCGGUUUAACGGUUCUCCUCAGUUGAACUCCUCAAUCCCGCUUGUAAAUAACUAACUGGUUUGCCUCCUCCCAAGUUGGGUAUUAAUCGUGCUACGUUUGAAUUAAAUCAUUUGUCUCUGGUUGUUUGAGUGGGGUGCCUGUGAAGUAGCUGGGCUGCUAAGUGCACUUCCACUAUAAAUAGAACAUUUACAUUUAACCAUUUUAGGUUUGUGGCUGCAGGUACUGUUAGAAAAUUAGAAGUAAAAACUGUCAAGGCCUUUGGCAGUCUAAGGAACUGCGACUGAUUUUCAUUGUCUGAUCAAGUGCAUGAGGCGCGAUUCUUUUGGUCAGCGCCAUAUGCCUGGCUUUUGGGUACAAGAACGGAACAAGCGAUAAAUGGCCGAAAAAAAAGGGACGCCUAGCACAUUUUCAUUCGUGUAAACAUUAAAAUUUGUUUAAUUCAGUUAGGCAGGCUGCCCAACCUUAGUCGUAGUAUAUACCGAGGAUGCUUGAUUUACCUACGAAAAAACUUAACCUUUUUUACCUCGAACUGUAGGUUAGAUUUAAGCUUUAGGCUCUGCGAUAGCUUUUAAAAGUAUAUAUAUAGGUCUUUGAAAUAUGUGAAAUAAACGCGC